CGACAUUAUCGGAGAAAACAGUCCAUUCCCCAAUCGGAGGCUAAGGGCCCAUGGGGCCAAGAGUGUUUACCGUUACGAUGUCUAAUUCUUCAUAGCUGGAAGGCCCCCGAAACAAUGAAGGGAGUGUCUCGACUCCCUGUGUACGGGCUUACUGCCCGAGGUGCAGCGGGCGCCCUUGCAGAUAAGAGCCACACUCCACCAUUUGGGCGGAAUCCUAGUGGUCCUGGAUAGGAUCAGGUGUUGGCCAUGAGCUAAUGAUGCGGAGCAUGCCAUAGUGCUCGAGGAGAGAGACCAAGCCAACCAAGGAGGGCGAGGAAAGCCCCUGUGUGGCUGGGAAAUGAGACCCUCAGGUACAAGGGCCCUGUGACCCACUGAGCUUAAGCUUACUUUGGCCAGUAUUACGUGGUAUGAAUGCGCAAAAGGAUAGUGAAAUGAUUCAUGCCUGUUUCUAGGGUCUAUACCCGCAAAUAACAUUGGCAAAAGGAUCAACAAACAACAAAUUGGGCGAAUUGUGGGCACUCUACGAGCCUGGGCCGACAGAGCAAAUGAGCCGGGGCCAAAGAAUGCCAGGGCAAUCCGGUAGUCGCGUGAAGUGAAGUCCUACGAUGGGGCAGAUCCAUACCAGAAGCCUAGUAGGGACCGCUCGUUGGCCUACAAGGCCUACACAGCGAAGCGAUCGUCACCUCCCUUUCCCUUCUAGUCGCAUUCCGGAGCCAUACUGGAGAUGACUCUGAUCAAGGAAGCAACAAUUUGGCCUUGGGACAUAGGGAGAGAGGGACUCUCAGACCCUCCUACCAAAUCUAUAAAGACGAGGUCAUUCAACGUGCUCAGUUUCUUUUCUGUCCAUCCGAAUCACACUUUCUUUCAAACUUUCCUUCUCUUGAAGCAGUCUUUUCUUGCCUUCAAUCUUUUACUCCGAGUCUUCUCUCGUUUAAAUCCAAAUCCACUGUCACAAUGCAGUUCACUAUCUCCGCCGUCUUGGCCCUCGCCGCCACUGUCGCUGCUCUUCCUCCCGUCGGACCAUCCUCCGCUGGUGGUGAGGGCAACGCCAACGGUGUCGCCAACAAGGGGAACACCAACGUCCGCUUCCCUGUCCCUGAUGACAUGACUGUCAAGCAGGCUCAGGCCAAGUGUGGUGACCAGGCCCAGCUCUCUUGCUGCAACAAGGCCACCUACGCCGGUGACACCACCGAUGUCAACUCUGGCAUGCUCGGCGGCACCCUCAGCAACCUCAUCGGCUCUGGCUCCGGUGCUGACGGUCUCGGUCUCUUCGACCAGUGCUCCAAGCUCGACCUCCAGAUCCCUAUCCUUAUUGCCGUCCCCAUCCAGGACCUCAUCAACCAGAAGUGCAAGCAGAACAUUGCCUGUUGCCAGAACUCCCCCUCCAGCGCCAACUCCGACCUCAUCGGGCUCGGCCUGCCCUGCGUUGCCCUUGGCUCCAUCCUCUAAGCGUUUCCCUGUGCUUUCUCGCACUAUGCAAGAUGCGCUGGUCCCUUUGCCAGCCCUCUGGGCCUUUGGCUCCUGGGUUUCGGCAUGAGCGACGAUGUGAACUGUUAUAGAUCUCGGGGAUGGAAAGCAGGCUUUGGCUUUUGUUCGAUUAGUUAGAUGCCUGUUUAUCGCGCCGUCCGUGUAUCAUUAAUCGUGUCGUGUGGCACCCCUCGGAGAAGAAAGACUGUUUUUGCGUUAUCGCUCCUGUUUUUGGCAUGGUGCUUUCUGUUUCUUGCUUUUGUGCUUUGGAACCCUUUCGAGCUGCUGUCUCGACUUGGCGUCUUUCGCAUAUAUAGUUUUAAUUUAUUAGACUCGCU